AUGGAGAAAAUAGAAAGAAAUAAAAGAAAACUAGAUGAUACUAUUAACAAAGAUGAAUAUGAAACUAAUGAAAAAAAAAGGAAAAACAAUAAGAUGGAAAAGAAAUCAAUAAACGAAAAAAUGGAUAAUAGUUUGCACAUACAAAAUAACAUUUUCAUAAAAAAAAUAAAGGAAAAUAAAUUACAAUUUGAGAAAAAUGAUAAUAUUGAAAGUAUAUAUAGAAAACUAAAAUCAAACAUCAUUUCAUUAAAUGUGUCAUAUAUCAAAAUGGAACAUUACGAUUCCUUUAUUUUUUAUGAAAAAAGCAAAAUUGAUUUCCUGUUGCCUGAAUUAGAUACAAUACUGAAUUCAUCAAAUAUAGAUAUAUUGAGGGAAUUGUGUAAUAUAUCAUUUUAUCCAAUAUAUAAUGAAACACUAAGUAAAAGGAUAAUGGAAUGGUUAAUGAAAGAUAGAAAUAGAAAUCAAAAUAAAGAAUAUACUGGAAAUAUAAAUAUGUCCUAUUUAUUUAGUUUAAAUAUUAUUCUAACUUAUUUAAUUUACAAAAAUGAUGAUUAUUCAAAUUAUUCUUGCUUGAUUUACCUUAAUAUAUUACAAUGGAUGCAAAAUGAAAAAAAAGGUUUGAAAUUUUGUCUUUUUAUAUUGAAGGGAAUUCUUAAGAGAUUUCUAUUUUGUUCUUUUUAUUUCAAUGAUAAAAAAAUUAAUAAAUCCAAAAAAACUGAUAAUGAAUAUGAAUUAAAUGAGGAAGCAUUAGAUGUUUUAAAAAGUAUAUUUGUUGCAUUAUAUAAUAGCUUAGAAUAUAUAAAUAUAAGCAAUUUGGUUAAUAUCAAUGAUAAAAAUUGUAUCUUUGAAUUAAUUAAAUUUUUUAUUGAAUUAAUUAAAAGGCCUUUAAUUCAUUCAGUUCAUAUAUUAUGUAUUAACUACUUAAUAAAAAUUGUGAAAAAGUGUUAUGAUUUUCGAUUUUAUUAUAAUAUAAAUGUAGAAUUGUACGAUAUUGGUCCGGAAGUAAAUAUUUUUGUUAAAAUUGUAAAUUUAAUUUUUGCUAAAAUUUUAUCUAUUUUUAAAGAUACAAAAAAUGAAGAAAAUAUAUAUUCUGCUGAAGAAAUUAAUAAUAUUAACAAUUUAAUUAUUUUAUUUUUUAAGAAUAUUCUAAAUAGUUGUAUUAGAAUUAUUAUACCUCAAGUAUUACUCAAUAAUAAAUUAAAAAAUAACUAUUUAUUAAUUAAUGAAAAGAAAAAUAAUACAGAGAAGAAAAAUAAAGAAGAAAUAAGUUUUGAAGAUCAAAUUGUUCUAAAUGCAUGUGAUCCUAUAUUCUCCUUUAUAGAAAUAUCGAUAAUUAAUCAUUGUGAUAAAUAUGAAAAAAAUAUGUUCAUAGAUUUAAUUAAAAUAUUAAUUAAAGAAUGCAGAAAAAUUGAAAAAAAACAUAAUAUAAUGGAAAUCAUAUGCGAUGAGUUUAUUCUAUUUAUCAAAGGAGAUGAUAAUAAGAAAAAAGAGAAAUUUUUAGAUAUAAAUUAUUUAAAAGUAAGAAAAAUUAAUAAGAAAAGAAUUGAUUCAAGUUUGUCAUUUAAUUUAUCGGAUGAAUAUAGCUCUUCAGUUUACUCUGAGACAGAAGAAGAAGAAAAAAAUGAUGAUGAAGAAGAAGUUGAAUGUGAUAAAGAAGAAGAUGAAGCAGAAAAUGCAUUAGAAAAAGAAAUAGAAGGAAAUGAAUUAAACAAAAAAGGAAAGGAAAAUGAAGAAGAGGAAAAAGAAGAUAUAGAAGAAAAUAAGAGAAUAAGGAAGAAAAUAAAGAAAAUAAAAUUCAUUAAUAAGAUAAAACAUAAAAGAAAGUGCAGUUUAAUUAUUGAUAACAAAAAAUAUCUAAUUACUUAUGAAUCAGUUAUGAUUAGAUAUUUAAAUUUAUUACUAAAAUACAUGAAUUGUGAAAGAUAUCAAAUAAGAAAUAUAAUACUUGAUCUAUUCUUAGCUUUAAUUAAAAAAAAAAAAACAAAUAAAAAUGAAUCAAUUUUUCACAAUUUAUUUAAGUUAUUUUUAGAAAGAUUAGAGGAUCCUAAUAUGAUUGUAAAAGCAAAAGCUCUAUCUAUUUUAGUAAUCUUAACUAAUAGAAAAUAUCAUGACAAUUCACUAAUACAUAAUUUUAUAUUUAAUAAAACUAAGGAAAAAAUAAAUAUGUAUAAAAUAAUAUCAUCAAAUGUAUAUAGUAAUAGGAGUAAUAUAAGAAAAUUAACUAUACAAUAUAUAGAAGCUAUAUUUGAAACAUUAAUAAAUAAAAAUUUAAAUUACAAAAUAUUUUUAAUUUUUAUUUCUAAUUAUAUUUAUUCAUUAUCAUUAGAUUCUAUGCCAUCUGUACGCAGACAAGUUUUAUUAACAGUUAAUAAUUUAUUUAUAAAUGCUAAUGCAAAUACUCAUAUAACUAAAAUAUGGUUAACUAUCAUUUUUUCAGCUAUAACUGAUAUAGAAGAAACAGUAAAAGAUGAAGCUAUUGGUAUAUUUUUAAAUACAUUUAUUAAACCAUCUUUUAAUUGCUCUAUUUUUAAUGUAAAAGAAAAAAGAAUUAAAGAGGUUUUAAAAAAAAAUAAUUUAUCAUAUUUUAAAAUAAGCGAAUAUCUAGAUAAGACAGAAGAAAAUUUUGUGAAUAACAAUAAUGGUUUUUCUGAUAGUAAAUUGAUCAAUGAAAUAACUAAUGUUUCUAAUAAUGUAACAAAUGUUGUAGAAACAAAACAUAAUAAUGACAAAAACUUAGCUUUAAAUAGGUUAAUGUGUGAUGAUAUCAAUAAUAGUGAUAGCAUUAAUUUUAUGAAAAAACCAUCAAUAAAAGAGAAAAACAAAAAUGUAAAAAAUAAUAUAGAAGAAUAUGAUAGAAAUAAUGAUGGUAUUUUACAUUUAAUAAACAUAUGGGAAUUAUAUUUUGAAAAAAAUAUAAAUAAUUAUUUUCUUACUCUUUUAAAAGUUAUGACUAAAUAUGAUUUACUACAUUUUAAUCUUCUUAUAUUUUGUUUAAAAAAAAAGAAAAAUAAUACUCUUGAAGAAUUUAUAAAUCUUUUGAAUUCUUUUAUUUAUAACCUGAGAUAUUUUUCAAUUAGAAUGUGGAAUACAUUUAUACUUGAUUUUAUAAUUGAACUAUCAAAACAUUAUCAAAAUAAAAUAAAUAUUGAAAAUAUUUUAUUUCUUUUAAGUAGAUGUUAUAAAAUUUAUCUUAUGAAUCUGAGUGUGCAAGAAGAUAAAAAAAAUAUAAAUAAUUUUGACAAUAAUAAUAAAGAAGAUAAUAAUGCAACAAAUGAUAAUAUAAAUGAAAAGGGAGAGCAUUUACAGAGAAUAGUAUCGAUUAGAGAUAUGUCAUUUAGUUGCAAUUUUAGGGAUGAAUUAUUAAAUGAUUAUAUUUUAAAUAAAGAUGAUUUAAUUGAUGAAAAAAAUAGUUGUUCUAGUGGAAUUUUAAAAAAUAUUAUGUUAAAACUAUUUACUAUAAUUUACAAUUUACUAGAUAAUAUCAACGAAUUGAGUGAUGAAUUUUUACAGAAAAUGGAAUAUAUGAUUUUUCAUUUCAAUUGCCCCUUGUGCUUCAUUUAUAUUAUUUUAAAUAUAUUAAUUAAAAAAAAAAAAAAUGUAAAUGAUUUCAUAGAAAAAUUAAAAAAUAAAAUAGUAUAUUUUUUUGAAAAUAUAGAAUCUUUUUCCUACAAUAAUGUUUUUUGUAACAUUUUAAUAACAUUUGUAUUUUUAAUAAAUCAUUUUAAAAAAUGUGAUACUUUUUUAACUUCAGUUUGUGAAAAAUUAAAAAAAAUUUAUGACAAUACAAGAAAUAAUGAUAUUAAUAAUAUUAUGAUAAAAAACUGUAUAUAUUUAACACAAAGUGUUUUACUAAUUGAUAAAGGCAUUAAUAUUAAAAAUGAUUUAUUUUCAAACAUUGAAAAAGAUUUGAAAAGUGGGAAUAUUUCUAUGAGUAUACUUAAUAAUUUAAUUAUAUUAAUAUAUUACAUGGUUAUUAAUUUUGGUAGUUCAUGUAAUAAAUUUGUCCUUAUUCUUUUACGUUUUUUCAAACAUGAAAAUUCUUUUAUUAGAUAUUUAUCUUUUUAUAUUAUAUCUAAACUAAUAUCAGAAGACUAUGUAAAAUUUAACAAUCAAUUUUUUUUUGCCUUUUUAUAUUUACUAGCUGAUAAGAAUGAAUUAAUAAGAAAACAGUCAUUAUCAGUUUUUAAGCAUAUUCUUUUAAUAUAUAAUAAGACUAACUUAAUAAACUACAUAAUAGAAUUUAUUUUUGUUUUAAAUAAUUUUUAUAAUUUCAAAUUAGGCAAGCAUUUAAGUAAUAUAGCAAAUAGUUUUGAAAUAAAAAAUAAAGAAGAUAGAUAUACAAUUUAUCGUUUUUUAUUAGAAAAUUUAACUAAUAGUGAAAAAUUUUCGUUGCAGCAAAAGUUAAUUAAUGAGUAUUUAAUUCAGUAUGUAUACAAUUAUGAUAAUUAUUAUUUUUCUGAUGAAAACUUAAACGAAAAAAAAAAUAUAAAAAGCAUUCUUCCUUUAAAUGAUGAAGAUAAUGAAGGAUCUGUCUUACAAGAUGUAUUAAAUAUAUUAUGUUCGAAAUUAAUGAAAAUAAAAAUUAAAAAAGAUUUUGCUAAAUUAGAAGAAAAAAAUAAAAACCUGAAAAUAAAAAAUGUAGAAAAUAGUGUAAAAGUAUUACAUGAUCUCAUGAAAAAUAUUUUAAAAAAGAAUACUCUUCCAAUAUUAUUAUCAUUGCGUGCAAUUAUGCUAAAAUCUAAAUCCUUUUUUUUUAAAUAUAUAAAUAACCUAGUAAUUUAUUUGUGCUUAGAUUACAAAGAUUCUUUAGAAGAUUUAAUAUCUGAAACACAUGUUAAAAAUGAAAUUAUAAGCGAUAUGCAAAAUUUUAUUUAUGUAGAUUUAAUUCAGUUGCAUACAGAACAAAGUGGUAUAUUUAAUAAAAAUAUUAAUAUCAAUUUUUUAGAAUUUUCAGAAAAAGAUAUAAAAGAUGACAAUAUAACAGAUAAUCAACUAGUUUAUGAAAAAGAUAGUUCAAGUGAUUAUGAUGAGGUUACUAAUGUUUUACAUGGAAUACAUGAUAGUGAUGAGAAAUCAAAGAAAAAAAAAAAAGCAUAA